AUGGCCCGCGCCCUCCCGCCGCCGCCGGGGCUCCUGCCGCUGCUGCCUGCGCUGCUACUGCUGCUGCCGCUGCUGCUGCCCACUGGCUGCCGCGCGCUGGAAGAGACCCUCAUGGACACAAAAUGGGUGACGUCUGAGUUGGCGUGGACAUCUCAUCCAGAAAGUGGGUGGGAGGAGGUGAGUGGCUACGACGAGGCCAUGAACCCUAUCCGCACAUACCAGGUGUGUAAUGUGCGUGAGUCAAGUCAGAACAACUGGCUUCGCACGGGGUUCAUCUGGCGGCGGGAUGUGCAGCGGGUCUACGUGGAGCUCAAGUUCACGGUGCGUGACUGCAACAGCAUCCCCAAUAUCCCUGGCUCCUGCAAGGAGACCUUCAACCUCUUCUACUACGAGGCUGACAGUGAUGUGGCCUCAGCCUCCUCCCCCUUCUGGAUGGAGAACCCCUAUGUGAAAGUGGACACCAUUGCUCCUGAUGAGAGCUUCUCGCGGCUCGAUGCCGGCCGUGUCAACACCAAGGUGCGCAGCUUCGGGCCGCUUUCCAAGGCCGGCUUCUACUUGGCCUUCCAGGACCAGGGUGCUUGCAUGUCACUCAUCUCCGUACGUGCCUUCUACAAGAAGUGUGCGUCCAUCACCGCAAGCUUCGCACUCUUCCCUGAGACCCUGACUGGGGCGGAGCCCACUUCACUGGUCAUUGCUCCAGGCACCUGCAUCUCUAAUGCGGUGGAGGUAUCAGUACCACUCAAGCUCUACUGCAAUGGUGACGGGGAGUGGAUGGUGCCCGUGGGUGCCUGCACCUGUGCCACCGGCCAUGAGCCAGCUGCCAAGGAGACCCAAUGCCGCCCCUGUCCCCCUGGGAGCUACAAGGCAAAGCAGGGAGAGGGGCCCUGCCUGCCCUGCCCCCCCAACAGCCGCACCACCUCACCAGCUGCCAGCAUCUGCACCUGCCACAAUAACUUCUACCGCGCAGACUCGGACUCUGCAGACAGUGCCUGUACCACGGUGCCAUCUCCACCUCGGGGUGUGAUCUCCAACGUGAAUGAGACCUCACUGAUCCUUGAGUGGAGUGAGCCCCGGGACCUGGGUGGCCGGGAUGACCUCCUGUACAAUGUCAUCUGCAAGAAGUGCCAUGGGGGCCCUGGGACCGGGGGGCCCUCGGCCUGCUCACGCUGUGAUGACAACGUGGAGUUUGUGCCUCGGCAGCUGGGCCUGACAGAGCGCCGGGUCCACAUCAGCCAUCUGCUGGCCCACACGCGCUACACCUUUGAGGUGCAGGCAGUCAACGGGGUCUCAGGCAAGAGCCCUCUGCCGCCCCGCUACGCAGCUGUGAAUAUCACCACCAACCAGGCUGCCCCGUCCGAAGUGCCUACACUACACCUGCACAGCAGCUCAGGCAGCAGUCUGACCCUGUCCUGGGCACCCCCAGAACGGCCCAAUGGAGUCAUCCUGGACUACGAGAUGAAGUACUUUGAGAAGAGUGAGGGCAUCGCCUCCACAGUGACCAGCCAGAAGAACUCUGUGCAGCUGGAUGGGCUGAGGCCUGAUGCCCGCUACGUGGUCCAGGUCCGUGCCCGCACAGUAGCUGGCUACGGGCAGUAUAGCCACCCAGCUGAGUUUGAGACCACAAGUGAGAGAGGUUCUGGUGCCCAGCAGCUCCAGGAGCAGCUCCCCCUCAUCGUGGGCUCUGCUACAGCUGGGCUUGUCUUUGUGGUGGCUGUCGUGGUCAUCGCUAUUGUCUGCCUAAGGAAACAGCGGCAUGGCUCUGAUUCGGAGUACACGGAGAAGCUGCAGCAGUACAUUGCUCCUGGAAUGAAGGUUUAUAUUGACCCCUUUACCUAUGAGGAUCCUAAUGAGGCUGUACGGGAAUUUGCCAAGGAGAUUGAUGUGUCCUGUGUCAAGAUUGAGGAGGUGAUUGGAGCUGGGGAGUUUGGGGAAGUGUGUCGUGGUCGGCUGAAACAGCCCGGCCGCCGGGAAGUAUUUGUGGCCAUCAAGACGCUGAAGGUGGGCUACACUGAGAGGCAGCGGCGUGACUUCCUAAGUGAGGCCUCCAUCAUGGGGCAGUUUGACCACCCCAACAUAAUCCGGCUGGAGGGUGUGGUCACCAAAAGUCGUCCAGUUAUGAUCCUCACUGAGUUCAUGGAGAACUGCGCCCUGGACUCCUUCCUACGCCUCAACGAUGGACAAUUCACAGUCAUCCAGCUGGUGGGCAUGUUGCGGGGCAUUGCUGCUGGCAUGAAGUACCUGUCCGAAAUGAACUAUGUGCACCGUGACUUGGCUGCCCGCAAUAUCCUUGUCAACAGCAACCUGGUCUGCAAAGUCUCAGACUUCGGCCUCUCCCGCUUCUUGGAGGAUGACCCCUCCGAUCCUACCUACACCAGCUCCCUGGGCGGGAAGAUCCCCAUCCGCUGGACUGCCCCGGAGGCCAUAGCCUAUCGAAAGUUCACCUCUGCUAGUGACGUCUGGAGCUAUGGCAUCGUCAUGUGGGAGGUCAUGAGCUAUGGAGAGCGACCCUACUGGGACAUGAGCAACCAGGAUGUCAUCAAUGCUGUAGAGCAGGACUACCGGCUGCCACCACCCAUGGACUGCCCCACAGCACUGCACCAGCUCAUGCUGGACUGCUGGGUGCGGGACCGGAACCUCAGGCCCAAAUUCUCCCAGAUUGUCAACACCCUGGAUAAGCUCAUCCGCAACGCCGCCAGCCUCAAGGUCAUCGCCAGUGCCCAGUCUGGUAUGUCACAGCCCCUCCUGGACCGCACGGUUCCAGAUUACACAACCUUCACAACAGUUGGUGACUGGCUGGACGCCAUCAAGAUGGGGCGGUACAAGGAAAGCUUCGUCAGCGCGGGGUUCGCAUCCUUUGACCUGGUUGCCCAGAUGACUUCAGAAGAUCUGCUCCGGAUUGGGGUCACCUUAGCUGGCCACCAGAAGAAGAUUCUCAGCAGUAUCCAGGACAUGCGGCUGCAGAUGAACCAGACGCUGCCUGUGCAGGAAGUGUGCCCCAAGCCUCUUCAUAUUGAAGAUGGAUUAGGAGAGGGGGUGAUGGCCCCUCCCCAGACCCCUCGGGGCUCAGGCCUUCUUGCUCUUCGGUGGGGGAUCCCCACAACCCAUACUUGGCCAUUCUUCAGUGCUGGAGGUCCUGGCAGGGUCAGGUGUGGGACAAACCUGGGUUCCACAGGGCCCAGCCCUGGCAGGGGUCUGGCCCCCCAGGUAGGCAGAGCAGUCCCUCCUUCAGGCACUGGAGGAGGGGACUCUAGGAAUGGGGGGGAUGUGACACCUCCAUCCUAAAGCCAACUGGCACCUCCAUUUUGCACAGGGACUUGUUCUGGGGGCUGUGGGCCCUGCCCCACCCCCGCCCUUGGUGCUGUCAUAAAAGGGCAGGCAGGGGCAAGCUGAGGAGCAGCCCCUUGCCCCCCCGCCCCCCCCAGAGACUGACUCCCAGAGCCAGAG